UGCACACCAACCUCCGCUUCCCUCUUUGUCCUCUAUCCCGCUGUCUGUGCCUGCUGCGUAAUUUAGAGUCCAUGAUGAAGGUGAGGGGACUCCACCACUCCAGGGAGCCUUCUGAAGCCUUCCUUGACCUCCCCCUUCCUCCCUCACCUCCCCUCACUCACUCCUUUCCCUCCUCACCUCCCCUUCAUCACACACAUCUUCACUCAGCAGUCUCUCCCAUCCAUCCAUCUCUCUCCUCUUCUUCUUCUUAUUCUUGUUCCUUGUUACUCUCCUCCUCCUCUUCCUCUCUUCGUCAUCAUCUUCAUUCAUUCUCUCCCGUUCCUUCAUCUCAUUCAUCUUCCUCUUCUUAUUCCUCCUCUUGUUCUGCACUAUCCACCUCCUCUUCCUCCUCCUCCUCUUUGCCACAUUUCACCACAUCCCUACCACAUCUCUCAUCACCAUCACAUCACCACCACCACCACUCUAACACACAAACUAAUGUAGAAUGCCACUGUCACCACCACCACCACCACAAUCAUCACCACCACCAUCACCACCACCACUGUCAUACCUCAGAAGCACAAACAGCACCACAUUACCAUCACCAUAAACACCACAGGCAUGCAUCACCACUCUGCCACCACCACCACAAUCACCACCACCUUGCAGUAUUGAAGAGCGAGCAUAAUAUCAAACCACCACCACCACAGUUACCACCACCAUCACAGUUACCACCACCACCUCCACCACAGUCACCACCACCAUCACCACAGUCAUCACCAGUCAUCACCACCACACAACCCUGGUCUGUACCGCUAAUACUCCUCACGGUUAUGAUGGCGGUGACCCCAGUAACACCCUCCAGCACCGACGCGACCCACAGUGGUGACCUGCACUUGACACGUGGCACCAACAUUCACUCCCUAGCCUGGGCCAUCAAACUUUCCGAAUCCUGUCACUUACCACAAAUUCUCAGUGACUUCAAGACUUCAAACGCCAAAUUCCAGCCUUCUCAGUACUGUGGGGAGGAUGUGCCGCGGAAACUCAUAAUUCUGAAGCACUUAUUACCGUUUGACAAUGUUUACUUAGUCGCACAUCCGUUCUACAAGCUGUUUUCCAAGUACAGAAGAGUGAUGAGGCAGCGGAACAGGAGGGAAACACUUCGUAACUUCACUACAUCACACAACGCAGUGAGGGAAAAGCUUCAUAACGUUACUACGCCACACAGCACCAAAGUCUCGCCACACUUUCCCGAGCACCAAAGUAGAUCAACCCAACGAAACAGAAAAAACCUCACGUACUUUACACACACCACCACAGUCUCCUUGCAAGAUAGGGAUGUGGUGUUCCGGAGGGUGGAGAGGUGUGUGGGGCAGUACCUGGCCUCCCACCCCUGCCUCGCCUACGCCCACCAGGAGGUGCUGCGGCCGAGGAAGAAAAGGAGCAGUCUGGAGUUUGAGGAUCCUUUGUAUAACGAACAGUGGCAUCUGAGUAACCCGGUGCCAGGCCAGUAUGACAUCAACGUUGGGGGUGUGUGGGAGAGUGGCAUUACAGGGCGUGGUGUGACGGUCUGUGUGAUCGAUGAUGGGCUGGAGUGGCGCCACCCAGACCUGAGAAAGAAUUACAGUCCAGCUGGGUCUUAUGAUCUCAACUCUGAUGAUCCCGACCCCUCGCCUGUCAAGAAUGGAGAACGAAAUGAACACGGGACUCGGUGUGCGGGGGAGAUUGCAGCGGUGGCUAACAGUGUGUGUGGUGUUGGGGUGGCCUUCCAUGCUAACAUAUCUGGCAUCAGGGUGUUGGGGGAGCGAAUGACAGAUUCCAUGGAGGCUGCAGCAUUUGUGCAGGGCCUGGCGGUGAAUGACAUAUACUCCUGCAGCUGGGGGCCGGAUGAUGAUGGGCGCACGGUGGAUGGGCCGCACCACCUGGCCAGAGAGGCGCUGAAACAUGGGGUGACAUACGGACGGGACGGCUAUGGGGCCAUCUAUGUGGUGGCCUCUGGAAAUGGUGGCCGCAACAAGGACAACUGCAACUUUGAUGGAUAUGCUAACUCGGUCUACACUGUGACGAUCGGGGCAGUAGACUCCCACGGCCGCAUGCCCUACUAUGCCGAGGAGUGUGCUGCCAUGCUGGCCGUCACCCCCAGCAGUGGCACCAAGGGCAGGGACAUUGUAACGACAGACUGGCAGGAGAUCAGUGCGUCAGGCUGCACCAAGCACCACUCAGGCACCUCGGCUGCCGCCCCGCUAGCUGCUGCUGUCAUUGCUCUGGCCCUGGAGGUGCAGCCCUGCCUCUCCUGGCGGGAUGUGCAGCACCUCAUUGCCCUCACUUCCAGAAAGAUCGACGCAAACAACCCAGAUUGGUCUUCGAACGGGGCUGGGCUGCACCACUCACACCAGCACGGGUUUGGCCUGAUGGACGCUGCAGCCAUGGUGUCCUCCGCUGCCGUGUGGGAGUCCGUGCCCUUCUCCACCACCUACUCCACGCCGCUGAUGGUGGAGGACCUGGCCAUCCCUGCGGAAAG